UACUCCCUCCCGAGCCAGAAUCAGAGGCUCUUUUCGUUUGGUGAGGCUGUUGAACGUCUUUAAACCAGUGUCAAAUCCCGUGGGCAGGACCCACGUCUUGUCACUUGCACCUCUGCUGCAGGAUCCAUGGAAUCUGUUGAUUAUCUGGAGUCCGUCAAUUCGCCAUGAAAACGACUUGACUACUGUCAUUCUCCACAUGCUGUGACCUAGAAAACUAGCAAGCACACGCUGUAUGACGCUAAACGUGCAUCCUUCGGACGAGGCUGGGAUCAGGACGGAUAUUCAUUUUUCGCAAACAAAAAAGGACAGAAAAAACAUUUAAAUACAAAUAUGCAUGAACAGUGUUUUAGGAAUACAAGUGACGACCGACCGAAAUCUCUCUAUCGCCCUACCCGGAAGCUGCGUUGCCAGACGUACGAUUGGUACUAACAUUUCACCCUCUGCUCGAUGAAUACAUUUAAAAACAUCCCACAUGUUAUAUGAACAAUCGACCCCUUCAACAUAUGGCUUUAAGCAGGCACAAACAGGAUACACCCUACACUGCGCCUGACGUUGAGCUUUGCCUCAUAUACCUCUUUACAGCCAGCUGGCAACGCUGCCCGGAAGUGCUUGGACCUGUCAUGUGAUUCGCUAAUGUUGCUACACCCUCUGAUGAGAAAGCAAUGUCCAAAUAGACCAAUUCUCACCGAAUGCGUUUAGACAGACGCCCUUUAUUUGAGUCCGCAAGAUGCAGAACGUCAUUAACACAGUAAAGGGCACGGCUCUCGGAGUGGCCGAGUUUCUCACACCAGUUCUCAAGGAGUCAAAAUUUAAAGAAACGGGAGUCAUCACACCAGAAGAGUUUGUAGCUGCAGGAGAUCACUUGGUCCAUCACUGUCCCACAUGGAAAUGGGCCAGUGGGGAAGAAGUUAAAGUAAAGCCGUAUUUGCCCCCAGACAAACAGUUUCUCCUGACACGCAAUGUUCCAUGUUAUAAGCGCUGUAAACAGAUGGAAUACUCUGAUGAGUUGGAGGCCAUUAUCGAGGAAGAUGACGGAGACGGGGGCUGGGUGGACACUUACCACCAUGCAGGCGUGAUAGGUGUCAUGGACGCUGUACAGGAAAUUUCCCUGGACAAUAAUAAGGACAAUAAUAUGAAUACCGGAUCUGCAGCAGGUUGUGAUGAUGAUGAAGAUGAUGAAGAUGGAGAGGCAGCCGAUAUGGAAGAAUAUGAAGAAAGUGGCUUACUGGAAACUGAUGAGGCAACCUUGGACACCAGUAAAUUGUUGGAAGCCAAAGCGAAAGUUGAGCCUGGAAGUGAAGAUGCUAUCCUUCAAACGAGAACAUAUGACCUUUACAUUACAUAUGAUAAAUACUACCAGACCCCUCGACUCUGGCUCUUUGGAUACGGUGAAGACAGGCAGCCUCUGUCUGUGGAACAAAUGUAUGAGGACAUCAGCCAGGACCAUGUGAAGAAGACCGUCACCAUUGAGAACCAUCCAAACCUUCCCCCGCCAGCCAUGUGCUCGGUUCACCCCUGCAGACAUGCUGAAGUGAUGAAAAAGAUCAUUGAGACAGUGGCUGAAGGAGGUGGUGAGCUCGGAGUGCAUAUGUACCUUCUCAUUUUCCUGAAGUUUGUCCAGGCUGUCAUUCCAACAAUAGAAUAUGACUACACGAGACACUUCACCAUGUAGUAACAUGGACUAUGGAAAAUCACUUCUUCUGCCUCUAUGAUUACAUGCGAUCUGCUUGAUCUGUUGACCUUGGAAUGUUUGUGUGGCUCUGGAACACAUUGCACUGGUGCUGGACACUGAGAAACAAAUGGCUAACCUAAAUUUGUUUUUAGGGCAGUACGACAUCAGGCUUUAAUGAAAGUACUUUGUCAGUGGCGAAAGAUUAAUCGUAUGCAUUCAGUGCUCCCUUUGAAAUGUGAUAUAUUUUGCAUGUAUGUACCACUACCAGAACAGUGUAAAAACUAUUUUAGCAAUUACUCUCCCAUCAUCCAUGCAUUGUCCAUUCUAAUUAUUGCGGUCACGAUGAGCCUGUCCUAGCUGAGUCAGGGCGAGCGGUGGGGGACACCUGAGCCUUGACAUGAGUUGAUUGCAGAGCACAUGUAGAAAAACAACCUUUUUACACUCAACCCUAAUCAAAAUUUAAAGUCUACAGUUAGCCGAACCAGUGUUUUGCGGUGUGGGGAGAAGCUGGAGUACGAUAACAUGCAAACUCCACACAGAUGUUACAUCAGAGAUUCGAAUCUAGGCUAACCACCAAUAACAGACCACCUAUCCAUCCUAACUCUAGUAGCUUAAACUACAUCCAAGGCCACAUUCCAGAUAUAUAUAUACCUCAGAUGUAAUGCUACUUUCAACAAAGCAAAGGCUAACAGCAAAUAUUUGGCACUUAAAUUACUAAAGGCUCAACUGUAUUUGUCCUCUGUCCUGUCUAAGUUUUUAUUAGGACACUUUAUUAGGCUUAACCAAACAAAAUUAGCCGCCAGGACUGAAACCCUGGCAAAAGAAACCAAGAGUUAGUUUAAAGAAAUGCCGGACGCAGGUCUACUAUCGCUUCAAAGCUUUGACUGUUGCACAGCUCUCUCUGUACAGUCUGUGCUUCACUCGGACUGAGUUUCCAUGCUAAUGCAAUUAGUUUAGCUUUAUUAUUGUAAAGCAACUGUGUUUUUGUUCUAAUACGCUGAGUAUGUUUAUGAUUCUAAAGCAGUUACCUGAAAUAUGGUUUGGUGCAUAUGACUUGUGUGGUUAACAUGGCAACAGAGAAUACAUUUGUGGUGUACACUAUUUUAUAAAAUAAUGAACAAUACAUACACGUGCCUCUA